ACAAUCUUAACACAUUAGGUCGGAGCACGGGAAGAAAACUAUUCGUGCAUUGACGUUGGCCGGAUGGUUAAAUCCAACCUUCAGACGAUACUGAAUAGUCACUGUUUUGUCAGAGAAAAAGAGAGUAAUAUAUCCAAGAUGCCAGUGAUCGAACUGACCCGUAAUAAACCUGAGCGUGAAAGUUCCCAUCGCUGCAGUAACCCGUGUCCGGGGCCUCUGUGGUGUUCCGAUGUCCCUCACCCACCCCUGAAGAUCCCAGGUGGGCGAGGGAAUGAUCAAAGGGAUCACAGUCUUUCAGCUAAGAUAUUCUAUUCUGAUGCUCAGUUACUAGUUCUUGAGGAAGCUCCUCAGGUCAACAGCCGCGUUCGAUUUUUGCUCUUUGAGCGUCGCUGCUCUGUGAACAAACGCUUGGUGUGGAGGGGUGCGCUAAAGGGGACAGGUCUUUACAUUGAAAUUCCCCCUGGUGUACUUCCCGAAGGGAGUAAAGAGAGUUUUUCACUCUUGCUGGAGUUUGCAGAGGAGAAGUUGCAGGUUGAUCACGUUUUCAUCUGCUUCCACAAGAGUCGAGAUGACAGAGCAUCAUUGCUGCGGACGUUCAGUUUCAUGGGCUUUGAGAUUGUGAGACCAGGUCAUCCCCUUGUCCCAACCCGCCCCGACGCUUUCUUCAUGGCUUACAGGAUCGAAAGAGACUCCGAUAGUGACGCAUAGAUUAUAAUCACAUCCUUGCUUGUAAUAACUAUACCAUUUCACCUAAACGUGGUCACUAUUAAAUGAAACAUUGAGUUUGAAUGUGUCAGAUUGAGACAUCUUGUUAAUUACCGCGUUGUACCUGUAACGAUUGUGCCGUGUUUUCAUUUGUCAUAUUUGCACUAGUGUAACCAAAUUUUCAGUGACCAUUAGUCUACAAACCAUUACUACUGGGUUCGGCCAAAAAGUAAUUGGUUUUUAUGCUGGUUUUUCCCCUUUUCCCAUUCCCACACAGUGAUUGUUAUAGGGUGUAAUAUUUAUGGUUAAGAUUCCCCAAGCAACAAUCUAUGUAGAAUCGUGGUUUUCAUUGCUGAUAUUGAUUUUUCUUUUAUCUGUGUUUUCAAGUUGUUUCUUAAUGUGUGCAUGAAUCUUGAGGAUUUUAGUUAUGAUUUCAAUUGGAUUUGUUUGCAUGUUUACUACAGUGUGCAGAAUAAAGUGCUCACCCUACACA